AUGUCCCAGCUCUACUCGCCUCUGGACCCGACCCGGUCCCAAAUUCGGCUGCUCAAGUUUGAGCCUGCGUCCACGUCUACCUCCAGCGAGCAUGACCAGGCCGUAUCGAAGAGUCCCAGGAAGUCCCAGAGUCUGUUUCUGCCACGCUGCGCGAUGGAUGUCGUAUCACUCGACGAUGGACCAGCGUUCGUGGCUCUCUCGUACGUCUGGGGGGAUCCGACGGAGACGACGCCCAUGACUGUCAAUGGCGUCGAGGUGACCAUCACGCGCAAUCUUCAUCACGCCCUUUCCAUGAUGUCAAGCGAUAUGAAGACGGUCUAUUUCUGGGUGGACGCUGUCUGCAUCCACCAAGCCGACGACGACGAGAAGAGCUCUCAACUUAGCAUCAUGAGCCGGAUUUAUCGGGAGGCCAUCAGCGUCCGGUGCCAGCUGGGCAGCCUAACAUCCAAUCUCGAGGCCUACCUACAAUAUCGGCGGCAAGUCGAGCACGGAUCGGACGUCCCAUGGACACAAUUGCGCCUCGCGUGGGACCGACAAGGCCUGUCCAGCGAGAAGCAGCUAAUGCUGACCGCGGCCAUAUUCGCAGGACAGGCCGAGUUAAACGACCUGCCCUACUUUGAGAGAAUGUGGACGCUCCAGGAGUCAAUACUCCCAGGUCGCCGCGCAGAGUUCUACAUUGACGACAGGCGGGUGGAGGAUUAUGAUCCGCGCAGACACUAUGAAAUCCCGACGCCCCAUUUUGCCCACGAGGCCUGGGAGCAAGUCGUGAAGACCUCACCGGCAGAGUUGACCCCGACGCAGCAGCAGACGAUGAUCCUGCUCGGCGAUAUGUCCUCUCCCCGUGCGCUGCUGUCUCAGUUUCACCACGUUACGCAAACGUUAAUGCUUGUGCGCGAUGAACGACCGGGAAAUAUCCUCGCGAACAACGAGGAGUCGUCGUCGUUCAUGAUGUCAUCGCUCCUCACCGCGACUUGCCGGCGGCUUUGCUCCGAGCCACGGGACAAGAUCUUUGUUGUCCUCGCAGUCCUGCAACCCAUUGUGGCUGCUCCGUCCAAAGAAAAGGAAGAACUGGCUGCAAUGACGCAAGUGGCUAGGGAAGUGCUCCUCAACAUCGACUACCGCAAGCCUGUCGAGCGGGUAGUACGGGACGCCUUGCUUUAUGUAUUCAACUUUGAGGCCCCACCAUCACUAGGCCUGAUCUGCAAGGCUUAUAUGCCCUACCGGGAUGCUUUGUCGAGAAGGCGGCGACGAGCGAAGCACACCAACAGCUGUGGAAGCCAGGAGGGAGAAGAAUCACAGGACAUAUCACAAGACGACGAGGAAGUGCCAUACGCAAGCUGGCUUCCUGACAUGACGACUCGCAAGCAUACAACGAUGUAUGCCCCCGGAAUCCCCGCGACUGUCAAGCCGCCGCAGGACAUCGAGUGGCUGUCUGACGAUUUUGAAUCAGGGCGAGGUGAUCGGAUACGGCUCGCGGUCAAGCCUUUGGGUCGCGUGACUCACCAUCUGCUGUUCCCUAGCACGGCCGAGGGCGUUGCCGAUGUGGCCGCCGCGAUACUGAGCGCAGCCUGGCCAAGGUCAGAGCUGCCGCUGCUGGGCGAAUUCCACCAGGCGGCAUCGAGCAAGUUCGGCAUCCCCGUCGUUUCUCAGCGCCUGGGAUCAUCAGAGGAGCUGCUGCAGAUCAAUGAGCUUGUCUCUUUGAUGACACAGUCAUGUGCAGCCGCCGACGACUUCGCCCUGCGAGAGAUCACCUCCGCCGAGACCCUUUUUACGCGCCUGAGCAGGCUUCUACUGACGGUAGAGAACGAAAACGUCCAGAUAGACCAGCAUGAGGUGCCUCUGUGGCUUUUGCUGCCGUACGCUCUGCGCUCGCCCCUGCCGGACCCAGCAGAUCAUAGUUACCACUCUCGACGAUAUCAGCACAUGACCGCCAGCAUUGAGGAGCGUCUCGCCAACUGCGCCCUGAUUGUGCUGGACUCGGGCCUGAUAGGUCUAUGCAGCAAUACAGUCGAGGCCGGAGACGUGGCUGUGCACUCUCCGGACCUGAUCGAUGUCCUGCUGCUGCGACCAGACUGCCAAAGGCUCCACUGUCCGUCGGAAUACCCGUGCGAUGGGAGCCCAGGAGAUCACCACCCGGGGGUAGACGACGAAGAAGACCUGGCCCGGCAGACUCACAUUUUCGUGGACUAUGCAUCGAUUUCCGGCCUCCACGAUGACGAGAAAUCGGCGCACAGAGUUGUGGAGCAAAUCGAGAGGAAAGAUGCGCAGAUCAUCGUUCUAGGAUAGCCCAGGACAGGACCGCCGGCAAUCAAAUUCGCCAGCGAACAGCCCGAUGGCAGAAAGACGUCCCCGUGGUCGAGGGGCGGUCUCAGCAAUGCAAAGUCUAGGAUUCGUCGCAGUAUGGCAGAACCCGCUCUAGUCCGGGCCAGACCUUAGGUGACUAUGGCCGAAAUCUGUCUCGCCACUUUAGCGACUUUUGACAGCACGGGUCGUGGUCUAGACAAAUCUGGACGGGACGCACAGACAAUAGCGAACCUGUCGCGCACCUCCAACUCCAAUCCAAUCAAGGAUGGCGGCGCCAGCCGAAAAUGGAACGUUGGGGUGGGACAUGGACUUAGUCGCCCAUGCUCCUCAGCCGCAGUUUUCAGCUUUGUAGCUAGUCUGGUUAUAUACAUCUCCAUAACGGACC